GGAACACUCAUAAGCUGCAAAAAUGUGGAGCAUACACUUGCCUUGUGCCAUCUUCAUCUUAAUAAUCACUAUAGGUGAUCUUAAGGUAGAGGGCAAAAGUACCCCUUUCCCAAAGUUUACUAAGAUAAAAGCUGUUGAAAGAGAAGCUAUGGAGAGCCGUGAUGCUUCAGAUGCACCACCUACUGAAGAUGGCCUCUUCACUGAAGUAGCUGAAAUGAGUGACACAACAACAGAGCUGUCAUCUCCAAACUAUGCCUUCAGAACAGCCACCACACUCUUCCCUUUUGAAAACUUUACUCUUGACUCAUCUGACUUCUUUUUCAACUGCUGUGAUUGCUGUCCUCCAACUCCAGGGGAGAAGGGAGAACGUGGAGAACCUGGAAUGCCAGGUCUUAAAGGAGAUGUGGGAGAAAAAGGCCUUCCAGGUUUACCAGGAAUUCCUGGAUUACACGGCCCAAAAGGAUUCAAAGGAGAUAAAGGAGACAAAGGAGAACAUGGUGAGCAAGGAGAAAAUGGAAUCCCAGGCUAUCCAGGCAAAUCAGGAGAACAAGGUGAAAUUGGAUUUAAAGGAGACAAAGGAAAUCAUGGUCUGCCUGGAGUUAAGGGGCAAAAGGGCUCCAAGGGAGAAACUUGUGAGAACGGCACCAAAGGAGAAAAAGGAGACAAGGGGGACCUGGGAUUACCAGGUGUGGAUGGUGAAAAUGGAGAAAAGGGAGAAAAGGGAGACCUUGGUGAAAAGGGUUACUGUGGCGAUCCUGGGGAAAAGGGAGAAAGAGGAGAAAUGGGGGAAAUGGGGCUCAAAGGAGAAAAGGGCAACAAAGGAGAUGCAGGAGUGGAAGGUGGGCAUGGCGAGGAUGGGCAAAAGGGAGAAAAGGGAGACCCUGGUGUGAGAGGUGAGAAAGGUGAUCCUGGUCCAAUUGGCAUGAUGGGACCCCUUGGGAUGAAAGGACUUCCUGGCUUCAAAGGUAUGAGGGGACCUCCUGGGAAGAAAGGUGCAAGGGGUCCCAAGGGCCCAAAGGGUGAGGCCCCAAGAACCCAACGGUCAGCUUUUAGUGUUGGCUUAUCCAAACCUUUCCCACCCCCCAACACACCCAUUAAGUUUGACAAGAUACUCUACAAUGACCAGGAAGAUUACAACCCUUUGACAGGGAAAUUUAAUUGCUCUGUUGCUGGGGCUUACAUCUUUUCCUACCACAUGACAAUACGAGGGCGGCCUGCUCGAAUUAGCAUUGUGUGUCAGAACAGGAAGAUGGUCAGGAGCCGGGAGACUCUCUAUGGACAAGAGAUAGACCAGGCAUCCUUUCUUACCAUUUUGAAAUUGAAUGUAGGGGAUCAAGUUUGGCUGGAAGUUACACGAGACUGGAAUGGAGUUUAUGUUAGUGCUGAAGAUGAUAGCAUAUUUUCUGGCUUCCUUUUAUAUCCAGAUGAAACAUUGGACACCAUGUUCUGA